UUGGAAUAUUUGCAGAAAUACAUAAAUACAUAAAUCUCGACUUUUGUAACGUACAAGGUUGGUCGACUUGCAUCUUUUUGAAACAUGUUUCAUGCCUUAUGGAUCCUGAGGUUGGUCGUGUGAUCUAUUGGAACGCGGAUUUGAUUUGCAUUACUUUAAAUUUAAAUCGUAAUUAUGUCUUCAGGCAAGAAAGGGAAAAAGAAGAAGUGCAAAACGGUCGAUUUAAUGUCAUUCCUGGCUGAUGGGGGUGGAACACCCACUGUGCCAGUUAAACCAUUGACUAGCUGGAUUGAUGAAAUGGAAGAAGAACAUGAAGGUUUUUCAUCAAGAAGUAGUAAAGAACCAGUGAUUCUACCCACUGCUCCGAGAGCUGCAAGAGGACCCCGGGUUGCAGAUGAAGAUAUUCCUUCUAAUCCACCAUAUGUAGCAUAUCUUUCUAAUCUUCCUUACGAAGUGGACGAAGUAUAUCUAACAGAAUUUUUUUCAAACAUGAAGAUUUCUAAUAUACGUUUACCAAAAGAUUCUAAUAAACUUAAAGGGUAUGGAUACGUUGAAUUUGAAGAUCGUCAAAGUUUAAUUGAUGCUCUUUGUUUAUCUAAUACACCUAUGAAAACAAGAAGAGUACGAAUUGAUAUUUCAAAUAGUGUUAAUGAUGAUCGUCGUGGAGGUCGAAUGGGCCGAGAUAAUCGUAGAGAUAAUGAUUAUGAUUCUGAGCGUAUGUCUGGAGAUUGGAGGAGUGGUCCAAGAGAUGAAAAUCUAACAUCAGAUGGAGAUUCAUAUCGGAAUCGAUAUGAUAACAGAGAUCGAAGAGAUGACCGUGAAAGUGCUGACUAUGAUAAUAAACCAGGUGCAUGGCGUGAAAGUAGUGACAGAGCGAGACCAACGUUCAGAGACAGAGGCGGUUUCAAAGACGACGAAAAAGAUAGAGAAUGGUCUCGCUAUGACAGAGGUAGCAGAGAUCGAGAGGGAGACAGAGGAAGUAGUUUUGGUCCGCGACGUAAUUAUGGUGAUUCUGAUUGGGAUCGCGAUGGCCUACCUGAAUUAAGGACUAGGCCGAAAUUACAGCUACAACCUCGUACUAAACCAAUUGAUCCUAUUGUUGUGAAAGAAGAGCAGCAAUCUGCAGCUCCACCUGCUGCUACACCCGCUUCUUCGACAAAUAUAUUUGGUGCUGCAAAACCUGUAGAUACCACUGCUAGGGAAAGGGAAAUAGAGGAACGGCUUGCGAAAUCAUACGCCGAGUCAAAAUCCAAAGAAGAUGGGAGGGUCGGGAAGAAAGAGAAAGGGGUCGACAAACGUGGCGAUCGGAAGAUGAUAGAGGCCGACGAAACGAAAGAUCAGCACCACGAAGUCAACCUGCUUAUCCUGAAUUUUGUAGCUUCCAACAAGUAUUCCAUGUUACCUGAUGAUGUGGAUCCCGACAAUAUCGAUGAUUAGUCCUAAUCAUUAUACAUCACCAAUUAAAUUGUGCCACAUGCAUCAUAAUUGGUCUAUAUAUUCAUAUUAUUAAUUUGUUUUAUCUCUAUUAAAUACUUAUCGAAUUGAUUCAUAAAUCAAACUCUAAGCUCUUGGUAUUACUUUACAAGAAUUAUUGUUAAUUUAUAUUUAAUCUAUUUUAUUACUCGUAAUAUAAUUACCUAUCUACAUAUGUAUUUACUUUAUAUUUCGAUAUGAAUGUUCAAUCGAUCAUUAAAUCGAUGUUAAAAUUCGGAUAACUUUAAAGAAUUACACUGAUUUUUUAAAUAUUUAAUUCUGAAGAUAAUUACAUCUAUAAGACUUAGGAAUUGGGACUUUAUACGUCAUAUUUUAUCCACUGUACAGUUAUUGUACAAUAUGUAACUCAUUUACAUGUAAAAUAAUGCCAAUUUAGGAGGAAAACAAUUAAAAUAAUAAGUGUAAUGGGAAUUUGAGUGAUGUAUUAUAUUCUAUUGCUUGGAAUUCAAUAUUUCACAAAAUCGUUGAUUAUAAAAAGGAGUAAUUGCAACAUAAUUGAACAUCGAAAGAUUGAUACCAUAAAAUAAGCACGAUAAAGUCUAAGCCAUAACAUAGCAUAGAAGUCACUAUAUUAAUAGUCAUCGUAUCAUGACAAUAUAAGGAAGCAUAUAUGACUGAACAAUAAGAAUUUUGUUACAAUCAUUUUAUUAUAAUAAUGUUUCUAAAUAAUUAUGCUCUAAACAUAUUUAUAUAUAUAUUAAAAAUUAUCUAUUUACAAUCUUUUUUUGAAAUAUGUACAUACUGACUUAAUUUCCAUUUACUGCUGAGUAGUUUGUGCUAAUUGGCGUAACUGUUUCAAUACAGUCUCUAAAAGUUUUUUCUUAUCCCGUUCGCUUUUCUUUAAUACAGAAAAUACUGUUUUUUUGUCAGAUUCUUUUAAUCUGCAAGUAUAAUAUGUUUAAAAUGUAAAUAUUAAUAAGGUAGGACAGUAUUACAUGAAAUGAAAAAGCAUGGUACAUACUUCUCUAACAAAAGUACAGCCAUGUUUGGAGUCACAAGAUGAUAUUUACUUGAUUCAUGACCAUAGUCAUGAAAAUAAGUAGGCCAGUCCCAACUCAUAAAUAAGUCUAGUAAUUGUCUUAAUUGUGCAAAAUGUUGAAGUAAGGUACCUUCGGGUAAACCAGAAACAGGUUCCGAGGCAGCAAAUUCUAAAAAUUAAAAGAUUUUUUUCUAAUUUAUGUUUGAAUCAAUUCAAUAUCGCUACAAAAUAUUUUGUAACCAUAUAUUGUACAUCUUAUUUAAGAAUAAAAAACGGAAACACAUAC